UAAGAAAAAAAUGGUUCUUUUAAGAACUGUUCACUGAAGGGUUCUUUGGGGAACUCAAAAUGAUUUUGCUAUGUCAUCACUACAAAAACGUAGCUUUUAAAACCUUUUUAAGAGUGUACCUUUAGAAAGUUUUUUAGCUUUAAAUUGGAAUAAUUAUAUUAAAUGCCUAUUUACAGAAAAUGCAUAAACACAGUUCUGUUUGUGAUUAAUUGGUUCAGGGUGAAAAUGUAAAAAGCUAUAGCUUAGUGAUUAGCACAUGUUCAAACAUAUUACAGGUCUCAAGUGAGGAUUCAAGGUUUACAUUCCUGUUGUCCCUGCCAUGUGCAGUCCUCCCCACAUGAAAAAAAAAUAAUGAAUUCUAUUAGAACUGUAACAAAUAAAGUACUCUUGCGCUCAUAGUGCCCAGGUUUGAGUCUAGCCUUGGACAUGUCCUGGUCAACCGUCCCUCCCUGUGCUUUCCGAAAAAAAAAAAAAAAAAAAAAAGGUUGCCACUGCUUGGUCAUAUGAUUUGAUGCUAAGAGACAAAGGAGCCCAUAAUACUGAGUAGCUCCACUAGAGGGCUCCACUACGUGGACAUUAUCUCCCAAAAAUAAUAGGCAGUUCUAUUUCUGUUCAAUUCAAUUCAAUUCAAGUUUAUUUGUAUAGCGCUUUUUACGAUACAAAUCAUUACAAAGCAACUUUACAGAAAAUUAAGUUUCUACAAUAUUUAGACUGUUUGUCUCAUUUUGAAACUAGUCGUAAAUGGGUCUGAUUUCCAUCUUUUCUUUCUCUCUGUAACAUUCUUUUCAAGUUAUUCACAUUUUCCAACCGUGCUGCUCUACUGUCCUUCUCCAUAAGAUCCACAACUUCAUAGUCCCAGUGAGCAACAUGUCAGCUGUUGGCCUGAUCUGUUUGUUGGGGGGAAGGGAGGGACAGCUUGUAUUUCAGGCUCUAAGUGUGGUUCAUUUGUGCAUUUCUAUAUAUAGAUGGACAGUCAGUAGCUGAUAGCUUGUGACAGCUGAGGAGCUCAGGCCACACCAAAGCGUCACAUCCUCUGCCAUUUCUCUUUUAGAGUAACAGUGUUAAUACAGUCAGUUCAGUUCUGCUGUGGGAGAGGACCAGGACACCCCUCCCUCCUACUGAAAUAUCACAUCAAACCAUAACAAGAUGGCCUCCUUGUCAGUGGACCCAGUGACGGAGCCACGGAUGUACCAGCAAACGCUCCUACAAGAUGGGCUCUGCGAUCUCCUGGAUGCUAACAAGUUUGUAGACUGUGUUCUGAAGAUCAAAGACAAAGAGUUUCCUUGUCAUCGGCUAGUGCUAGCCGCUAGCAGCCCUUACUUCAAAGCCAUGUUCCUUUCGGACCUGGAAGAGAGCAAAAAGCGGGAGAUUGUUCUAAAAGACAUCGAACCUGGGGUCAUGGGAAUGAUCCUGAGGUACAUAUACACCUCGGAUAUCAACCUUACUGAGCAUAACGUCCAAGACAUUUUCAUGGCGGCCAACAUGUACCAGAUUCCAUCGAUCUUCAGCGUGUGUGUGUCAUAUCUGCAGCAGAAGCUGGUUCUCAGUAACUGUUUGGCCAUCUUUAGAUUGGGACUGUUGCUGGACUGUCCGCGUUUGGCUAUGGAGGCACGGGACUUCAUCUGUGACCGGUAUGCCCUCAUCAUUCGGGACCAGGAUCUCCAUCAGUUGGGUCCUGGCGAGUUGGCGGCUAUCAUCACAUGUGACUCACUAAAUGUGGAACGAGAAGAGUUGGUGUUUGAAUCUCUCAUGGAGUGGGUGGAGUAUGACACGAACGAGAGAUUGAAGGACCUGCCACAACUUCUACACUGCAUACGUUUCCGUCUUAUGCCAACAAGUUACUUUAAAGAGAAAGUCGAGGGGCACCGAUUGAUCAGGACAAAUCAGGAGCUAAAGAAGGAGCUUCAGAUUGUCAAGGAUGCACAGAAAGGACUGCUACACAGGGUCAAAAGGGUCAAGAAGGAAGGCGAGACGGCAAAUUCUGAGGAUGAGGAUGAGGAGGGUUUGCUGCCGGGGAUCCUAAAUAACAAUCCACGUUUUGGAAUGUUUCAAACAGACCUUAUAUUGAUGAUUAGCGAUACAGGAACGGUAGCAUAUGAUGUUCGUGCAAACGAGUGCUAUAUAGCAUCUUCAUCCACUGAGAUCCCUAAAAACCACUGCAGUCUUGUCACAAAGGAAAAUCAGAUCUUUGUCGCUGGAGGUCUGAUGUACAAUGAGGAGAACAAAGAACAGCAGUUCAGCUCCUACUUUCUUCAGUUUGAUGCCAUGAGCUCUGAAUGGUUGGGGAUGCCCUCACUACCAGACCCUCGCUGUCUGUUUGGUCUGGCUGAGGCUGAGAACUCCAUCUAUGUGGUGGGAGGAAAAGAGUUGAAGGAGGGAGAACGUGCACUAGAUUCUGUUAUGGUCUACGACAGACAGUCAUUCAAAUGGGGAGAGUCUGACCCUCUUCCGUACGCAGUUUAUGGUCAUGGAAUUGUUUCACACAAAGGACUGGUCUAUGUGAUAGGUGGAAAAACGGAGAGCAAGAAAUGCCUGAGGAGAGUAUGUGUCUAUGACCCCUCUAAGUUUGAAUGGAAGGAUCUGGCACCCAUGAAAUUGGCCCGCUCGCUGUUCGGCACAGCUGUUCACAAAAACAAAAUCUAUGUGGUGACUGGAGUCACUGAUAACGGCCUGACUAAUAGUGUGGAGGUCUAUGACAUCGCCAGCAACACCUGGUCGGAUUUCGUGGAGUUUCCUCAGGAGAGAAGCUCUCUUAACCUGAUUGAACUUGGCGGCUGCUUGUACGCUGUGGGGGGUUUUGCUAUGAUGCCCAAUGAGACUACAGAAAAACUGGAGCCCACCGAAAUGAACGACAUAUGGAAGUUUGAGGAGGAGGAGAACUGUUGGAAUGGGAUCCUGAGGGAGAUUCGUUAUGCUGCAGGGGCCACUGUGCUUGGAGUACGUCUGAACACCUUGAGACUCACAAAGAUGUGAUCUACUGUCAUGUAUUGACAAAAUACAGAGUAAACAAUGUUGCCCUCAUCUUCAUAAAAGAGCAAUACAUAUUCCAUUGAUUUAAAAAGAAAGUCACAGACUUAGGUUGUUGAUAUAGUUUGUGAUAGAUCUUAGAGCAGUGUUUGAUGCUGCUGUUCCAAGAAAACUCCGCAGAUGGAGACAAACACCAAACAAUCUAGUUUUUCAUAAGAAUGCUUUGUUAGUCAUUUUGGGUAAUUAGAUGUUGAAUAAUUUGACUUAUUUAAAUAUCCAUGUACACCGAUUUCUAUCAUUCUGUUAUAUGUUAUUUUAGAUGACAACUACAAUUGAAUAUUUUGCAAUUAUGACCAAGUACAAUGUUCUUACAUUCAAAAAAGGAGAAAUAAAUGGCAGUGACUGAACAAUAACCUUAUAUACUGUAGACAAUGACCAAACUAAAAUGAAAACACAAACAACAAAACACAAUUGUCCGUGGUAAAUGUCAACACAAAUAUUGUCCUGCACCCUCCAAAGCCACAUGAAAAUAAAAAAUAAAGGUGAAAGAAUACAAAGGC